AUGGCUCAGGCCAUACAAAGUCAUCCGCACGAUUGGGCUUCUCAAUUGACUUCGAUUCAAACAUUCGCAAGGCUCGAUUCUACUUCGGCAAGUAUCAAACUCAUGGAUCACCUUCCUCGACCACCCCUACCGAAACAGAACUCUCAUAAAGCUGGAAUGGAGGAAGAGAAUCGUAAUGGAGAGAAACAGAGGAUAACUUAUCCAGCACAACCACGACCUGCUUCAACCAUCCCUGAACCCACCAGACGAGACACUUCCAUUCCGAGAGAUAUCAAACCGAAGAUAGAAGAUACAGAGACGACAAGACUUUCAUCGGUACCUCAUACUCCCAUGUAUGCCGCAACACCCCGUUCUGCCGGUUUACCUUCCAGAGGAUACGGAUACGAGCAAACUCCACCACCACCUCAACCUCGACGUCUUCCACAUGACGUUCUACCCCCGUCCCAACCUCAGACGCCUAAUCACCCUUCGGCUCCAUAUGAUCGACAACCUGACCCUAGAUCCCAGGCAUAUCAAGAUUUGCGAAGACAAUAUGAACAACAAGUUCAACUCCAUCACCGUCAACAUCUAGCCCAGGCACACGCAAACGCCCAUUCCAACCAAUCGUAUUCCGCUCCCGCAUCACCCACUCAAUCUCAAGCUAGAGGGAGAUAUCAACCAUCCCGUGGCGCGCAGAGAGAUGCUAGGUGGAUGCAACGUCAAGCUCAAGUGCAACCACAAACUUAUCCUCAGUCACAAGUCCCGCCGGGGUAUCCUCCUUAUGCCCAUUCUCAAUCCCACAUGCAACCUCAUCCUUUGCACGGAAACGUUCCUGUGGGGUAUCAUAACCAUCCGAACUAUCCUCAAGUUCCAAGACCUGCGUCUCCUAGGGCUCGUAUUGGUGCUAGAGAUCUUUUGGCAGAACAACAGGCUGCUAUCGCUCAAGCGAGAAAGGCAGUAGAGGAAAGCAAGUUGAACGCGAAAAGGGAAGAAGAUUUGCGUAAAACUCGGAGGAUCCAAUUGCAGGUCUUCGUACAUGCUCGCCCCACAAAUUGUUCCUGGUCCAACUGUCAUGCCGUGCUCAACUCAUGGGCACUUCUUGAGAAACAUAUCUACCAUGCUCAUCUCCAUGAAGCCCUCUCUCCUGUCUUAGACAUUGGUGGGAGAGUCCGAUGUCUUUGGAAAGGAUGUACGGAUGUGUUCAGGACUCGAGAAGAGGUGUACAAGCAUUGUCUUGUCCUACACAUGAAACCAUUCUCCGCUAGAUGUCCUUUCAACUGCUUGUAUGAAGGAUCUGCCUUUCCAGAGCUUAUGGCACACAUAGGCCGUAGACAUUCAACCGCUACCCCAGACGAUUUCGUCCCUGGUCUAAUUCAUCAUCGUCCUUCCUAUCUUCCCAAAAAGUCUGAACUUCCUUCUUUGCCAACCAUUGCUCAUAUUCCUCUUUCUCCCAUUGAGUCAACUCCCCCUCCACCAGGUUCACCAUCCAGCUCACAUUCUCAUCCAUCGGGUAGAUCUCGUUCUGCCAAUAGAGAAAGUGAAAAACCCGACAAGCCGGAAAGACCGGUGUUGAAGUUUUGGACAGGAGCCACGCCUCUUAUCCGAGGAUCAGAGACAAUCUCCACCAAAACAAAAACGAAAGUGGAGAGACGUUGUUGGUCAGGACAUCGACCUCAGAAAGAAGGUUAUGCUACAAAAGCUGGAGCUAGAGCAGCUAUCAGUGCAGUCAUUGAGAAUUCUCGACGAUUAAGUCUUAUCACUGGAAAAGAAAAUCAUCCUGUCAUUCCAACCAUCACUUCUCCUUUAGUCGAUUCAAACAUAACUAUGCUCGCGGGAGAUACUUCAGAAUCACAACUUGUCGAAGAAGGAAAAGAAAAGGAAGGGAUUGUGGUUAAGGAAGAUGAUAAGAAAAAUGAGGGAGAUGAAGUUAAAGUCGACCUGAUAGAUAUCAAAGCUUCUGCCAAAGAAGGGAAAGAACUUGCUAAACGUGAAUUGGCUAAAUUAGGUAUGAAAGCAAGAUAUGACGAUAGUCUUUCACCUUCUUCCCGCUCACCUUCACCUUUAGGGGAUAGAAAGAGGAAAACAGAUUCAUCAGACGUCAUGACAGGUAGUGGAAGAGGAAGAAUGGUGGUUCGACUUCGUUUAAGUAAAAGGAGAAAGACAGGAGAAUCAGAGAUCAAUUUGAAUGAUGAAAAGAAUGGAUUAGAAGAUGUUAAAGUUGUCGAAGAUUUGUCAGAGAGUAGUGAAUCAGAUAGUGAGAGUGUGAUUAGUGAUUAUAAAGCUUCUGUCAGGGUGGAGGAAGGUUUGGAAAAGAGUACAGAAUGGAAGAAAAGGUUGAGAGGAGAAGGGAAAUUGAGUGGAUGA